UUAUUUCCGCCAACAGGAGUUGCCAAAAUAGUCGUCUCAGCAAUCGGUUUGGGUGUACUGGCCUAAUAUAUAUGUGUGGUUUUUAUGUGACAUUUGAAUGCUACGAACAUUCGAAAGCUGUUCAGCAUUGUUGAAAGAAAGAGAGAAUGAAGCGAAAACCCUGCUGUGAUAAGGAGGGAAUGAAGAGAGGGCCAUGGACUUCUGAUGAAGAUGAAGCUCUUGUUCAGUACAUCAACAAAAAUGGCCCGGGAAGCUGGAGGUCUCUUCCUAAGCUUGCUGGCCUUCUCCGGUGUGGGAAAAGUUGUCGCCUGCGAUGGACAAACUAUCUUAGGCCGGAUAUUAAGCGAGGUCCCUUUACUCCUGAGGACGAGAAGCUUGUCAUUCAGUUGCAUGGAAUGCUUGGGAAUAGAUGGGCUGCCAUUGCAACUCAGCUACCAGGCAGAACAGAUAAUGAGAUCAAGAACUUAUGGAAUACGCACUUGAAGAAGCGGUUGAUAUCCAAAGGCAUUGACCCUGAAACUCACGAGCCCUGCACUUCCAUGAAUGGUUCACUCAUAAGAUCAUCUGCAUCCCCUUCAGCACGCCACAUGGCGCAAUGGGAGACUGCCAGGCUAGAAGCAGAAUCUCGCCUCUCAAAAGAGUCUUCACUCGUGAUUCCUCCUUCACAUACAACAAAACCAGAUGCUGAUUUUUUCUUAAGAAUGUGGAAGUCUGAAGUAGGAGACUCAUUCCGAAACCUCAACAAAGUAACAGAACCCGAAAAUUGUCCAAGCCCAUUUUCUCAAGCGUCUUCAGCAAAAAACGGAUCUGUUUCUGGCAUAACUACAGAACUUUGCCUCACAGCAGCUGCAUCAGAAUUUCCACUGGAGAAAAAACUUAAAGAAGCCGAUGAUGACCAAAACCUCAAGUCCAACACUGAUCAUUAUUAUACAGCAACAUCGUAUUCUUCGAGCCCUGAUGAUCUGGAAGAUCCAUCCAACACUGCAGUACAGUUGCUCUGGGAUUUUCCUGGCAGCAAUGACAUGAGCUUCCUCGAAGGACAUAUCGAUAACUAUGAUAUUUAUAGAGCAAUUUCAGAUUAUAGUACUUGAGCUGUUCCAUCUACAUUUUCAGAUCAGCUAAAUCGUAAAUCCUCCAAGUAUUCAGCUGUAUUCGCAUUCACUGUUGUAAUGCAUCAAUUAGUCCCAUAUCGUCUCCUCAUGGAACGAUUCCUGCAGCAGAUAUAAUAUUAUAGUAGAUGCAGGGAAACUCAAAAAGAGAAAGUUGUGCUUGUUACAAGCAUUCGGGUGUUUUCUAACUAGCCCUGUUUUGUUUCGCAGGAUUAUAUAUCACCGAAUUAUUAGCAUAUCUACUAUGAUUUUCUAUUAUAUGUCAUCCUUGAGUUUUUCCGUG